AUUCAAAUAAAAUGUGUGUCAAUAACUCUAACAGAGUAGAGCAUUUCUCCUCCCAUGAAACCACAAUAAGGGUCUCUAAUACUACUACUACUACAACUACAUCAAUGGAGAUGGAGAUACACAGUGUUUGUCUUCCACCAAAACAAACCACUCUCCAAAAACUGAAGCACAAGCUCACCGAGGUCUUCUUCCCUGAUGAUCCACUCUACAGAUUCAAGAACCAAACAUGGUGUAAGAAACUCCUCCUUGGCCUCCAAUUCUUCUUCCCCAUUUUUCAAUGGGGGCCUGAGUAUAACUUGAGCCUUCUGAGGUCUGAUGUCAUAUCUGGUCUCACCAUUGCUAGCCUUGCAAUUCCACAGGGAAUUAGUUAUGCUAAACUGGCUAAUUUGCCACCCAUCAUUGGUCUAUAUUCAAGCUUUGUGCCUCCACUAAUAUACUCUAACCUGGGUAGUUCUAGACAUUUAGCUGUUGGUCCAGUCUCAAUAGCAUCUUUGGUGAUGGGUUCCAUGCUAAGUGAGACAGUGUCUUUUACUCAAGACCCAAUUCUCUAUCUCAAAUUGGCCUUCACAGCUACCUUUUUUGCUGGCCUAUUUCAAGCAUCUUUGGGUCUACUCAGGUUAGGGUUUGUGAUUGAUUUUCUGUCAAAGGCAACCCUUGUUGGGUUCAUGGCUGGUGCUGCUAUUAUAGUGUCAUUGCAGCAAUUGAAAGGUUUGCUUGGCAUUGUACACUUCACUACCCGGAUGCAGCUUAUUCCUGUCAUGUCCUCUGUUUUCAAGCAUAAAAAUGAAUGGUCCUGGCAAACAAUUGUGAUGGGUCUCAGUUUUCUUGUUUUUCUAUUAAUAACAAGGAAUAUUAGCAUGAGGAAACCAAAGCUUUUUUGGGUAUCAGCAGCAGCCCCACUGACCUCAGUUAUCAUCUCAACCAUUUUAGUCUUCUGCCUCAAAUCAAAGGCUCAUGGAAUCUCAGUUAUUGGUAACUUGCCAAAGGGUCUAAAUCCACCCUCCUCAAAUAUGCUCUACUUUAAUGGCCAGUAUCUGGGACUUGCUAUCAAAACAGGCUUGGUAACCGGAAUCCUCUCUCUCACUGAAGGAAUUGCAGUAGGAAGAACAUUUGCUGCUCUUCAGAACUAUCAAGUUGAUGGUAACAAAGAAAUGAUGGCUAUUGGAUUCAUGAACAUGGCAGGAUCUUGCACUUCAUGCUUUGUUACAACAGGAUCAUUUUCCAGAUCUGCUAUAAACUACAAUGCAGGUGCACAAACCGCAGUUUCAAACAUAAUAAUGGCUGCAACAGUGCUUGUGACUCUGUUGUUUCUCAUGCCACUCUUCCAUUACACUCCCAAUGUGAUCUUAGCCUCCAUUAUCAUAACAGCGGUAAUCGGACUGAUCGAUUACCAGGCUGCGUUUCGGCUAUGGAAAGUCGAUAAACUCGACUUCCUUGCCUGCUUAUGCUCCUUCUUUGGGGUUCUCUUCAUUUCAGUCCCAUUGGGGCUUGGCAUUGCUGUUGGAGUUUCAGUGUUCAAGAUUCUGCUGCAUGUAACCAGGCCAAACACAGUGGUUUUGGGUAACAUUCCCGGAACUCAAUUGUACCAAAGUCUCAACAGAUACAAAGAAACUCUAAGGAUUCCUUCAUUUCUCAUACUUGCCAUUGAAUCUCCCAUGUAUUUUGCCAACUGCACUUACUUACAAGAAAGGAUAUUAAGAUGGGUUCGGGAAGAGGAAGAGCGCGUAAAGGCCAACAAUGAGAACACACUGAAUUAUGUAAUUCUGGACAUGACUGCUGUGACUGCCAUUGACACCAGUGGCAUUGAAAUGGUAUGUGAACUCCAAAAGAUGCUGGACAAGAGAUCACUUCAGAUUGUGUUAGCAAACCCAACUGGAAAUGUGAUGGAGAAGCUACACAAGUCAAAAGUCCUCGAAUCGUUCGAGUCCAAUAGUCUCUAUAUCACAGUUGGAGAAGCAAUUACAGACAUCACAACGACCUGGAAGGCUCAGCCUUGACAUGGCUUUCAGAUAUCAAAGAUAAGAAGCAGAACAUUUUGUAGGUUAAAGUUACGGUUUUAUUUAGAAAAUAUUUUUAUUUCUUCUGUGCCCACAAAUGUGAUGGCUCCCGGCAGUCCUUGGAGAGACAUUGUGGGCGUUGACCAUUUUCCAUCCACCAGAAAACUUCAAGGAAACAUGUAGAAUCACAAAUAUUUAAAGAGGAAGAAUGUCUUGCAAUGCAAUAGAUCGAAUCAAAUCAAUAGUGCA